UUUUGCCCAGCCUCCAGCAUGGGGACAGAGUGCAGUCGGCGGGGGUCCCUGGCGCUCACCCUCAACAUUGUAGCAUUUACGUGUGCCCUGUCAGCAGUGACCACUAGCUUCUGGUGCGAGGGGACCAGGAAGGUGGUCAAGCCUUUCUGCACGGGGCCGGUGACGACCAGGCAGUCAUACUGCAUUCGCUUCAACAGCAGUAACAUCAAUGACAGCCGGCUGGUGCAGUACAUCUGGGAGUCGGGAGAAGAGAAGUUCCUGAUGAGGAAGUUCCACACCGGCAUCUUCUUCUCCUGUGAGCAGGCUGCUGACAUGAAUGGUAAAUAA